AAUACAAAGAUUUCUUUUUGGAUAUACAGGGCAUUCAGUCAACCUGGUGAAAGAGAUGACAGUUCAUUCUGGACACCAUGAGUUGGUGGUAGAAGUCUCUGACGCUCAAGGCGCGGCCGCUGUCCACAACCUGUCGGUUACUGUGUGUAACUGCUUAGACACUGAGAAGCCAAACUGUCACAACCGCAAAUCUAUUACCUCCUCAGCAGGACCAGGAGCAUUUUUCAUCAUCAUUUUCAGCAUAUUAUUUCUUGCAGCUAUGCUACUUUUGGCUGGUCUGGUGACAUGUAAGAAACAAUUCAAACCAAGCCCAGAUUACGGUUUGGGACAAUAUCUGAAGAACUGUAACACUGAGGAGCCAGGAACUGACUGCAAAGUGGCUAUUGGUGCAUUAAACGAAGUAGACAGUCAGACUGUGGAACAAAUCGAAACGAAGCAAGUGAAUCAUGUCACGGCUGAAUCACAGGGUGGCUGUAUAGAUUUAUCCCAGAGACAGAACUUAAUGGAACAAACUUUUUCACGCAACAACUCUGCACGUUGGGUCACGGCUGAAUCACAGGGUGGCUGUAUAGAUUUAUCCCAGAGACAGAACUUAAUGGAACAAACUUUUUCACGCAACAACUCUGCACGUUGGGUCACGGCUGAAUCACAGGGUGGCUGUAUAGAUUUAUCCCAGAGACAGAACUUAAUGGAACAAACUUUUUCACGCAACAACUCUGCACGUUGGGUCACAGCUGAAUCACAGGGUGGCUGUAUAGAUUUAUCCCAGAGACAGAACUUAAUGGAACAAACUUUUUCACGCAACAACUCUGCACGUUGGUCAAAGGGUGCAUCAUCAACCAUGAGAAUGAAACAGCUGCAGGGACAGUCAAUGUAUAAGACUUGGGGAGGACACAGUAAAUACUCAGUUCAAGAGAAUAUUGAAAUCAGAAAAGAGAUUCUGCUCCAAAUACUAAAUAAGAGGCUGUACUCUCUCCAGGCACCCGGAGUGGAGCUGUGUGAUUAUACUCCUCAUGUGUAUGCUGAGGAGGGAGAGACAAGGCACAACUUUGAGCUUGAUGCAAUCUCCAUCUCCGAUAUUUCCUUUGACCCAGACAUGGACCUGGAUUUAAGGUUUAGUACCCUGGCCUCAAUCUGCAUGCCUAAUGAAAGCACUGUCUACAGUAUGAAAACCUCUUAUGUAACAGAAAAACUUAAGACAGGAACUCUGAUCCAAGUUGAAAGCCAUGAAACUAAAAUGAACACUCCACCAUAUUUGUGAGUUUUAGGUAAUUUUGAAUUUUCUAAAUGUUACAGGGGCUUUGAGCAUACUCUUAUGCUACCUUCAGCUACAUUUGGCUUCAUGAAUGACUGUCUGGGAAAAUUUGAACAUAGAACUUAGAUAACACCAGGCACAGGUUAUCGCAAUUCUAAGAUAUGGAUUUUUGAUGCAUGUUCAAAGUCAGGUGCUGAAAUGAUGUCGUUGUUAUGUUUGUUUACCAUUAAAAGAUAGGAGACUAUAUUCUCUGAAAAGAAAGAAGCUUGCACAUACAAAGCUGAAUAUGUCUGUUAAUCAAAACUGCACUGAUUCCAUUUAACUUUGCGUUAUCUCUUCAUUGGUCAUAUAAUUCAUCUGAUUUCUGUGAUGAAAUUUUGAGAUGAAAAACAAACAACUUUUGCUGUUGUAACAGGACAAGGCAAGCAGAGUUCAGUCAGGAUUGCUACAGAGACGGUUGUUAGCAACUGAGAUGUUGCAUUAUAGAAUGUUACUGGACCUGUUUUUAAGUCCAGCGCAUGAACGAUAAAAUGUCGUUCCUACUGAAGGUCAAACAAAUCUAAGAUAAAAAAUUCCAGGAACAAGAGGCAACAAAUGUUUUACUUAAAUGCUCACAAAAAAAUGUACACAAAAAGUACACUCUCCUGUUGGAAGGCCUUUUUCUACACAGCAGCACUUGAUACAAACGUUAGCAUGAUAAAAUGCAAGCCACACAGCGCCAUGGUUAUGUAGUCAGGGGCAUGAGAACACGGUAUGGGGAGAUAGGUUAUCAUAACACAGUAUUAACAAUGAAAGUCGGGUUGUGGGAACAGUUGAGGAAAAUCAAAAAUUGAAUUUUAGUAUAUAUUUUCUAAGUCAAUAUGGUGUAUAGUGAAAAAAAGUUUCUUUCACUACAGGUUACAUUUAGUAUUCAUACAAUGAUGAUCUAUAGUAAUGAAAGGGAAAUGGGUGUCUCAGUGUAUUUGGAGUAUCUUAAAAAUGUAUGUUAGGACAAGUUUUUGCUUUCACUUUUUUGGGAUGUUUUUCGAUGUGUUGUUUUAGCAUUUGCUAUGGUCACAUAAAACAGUAUAAGUUUGUUGUGAUUUCACUGUUUUCAAUAUGAUUGUCAAAAAUAUGCAGGUAUGUCACUACGUAAAUAAAAUACUUUUGAAGGACGAA